AUGACGCACUGGGAACAACAUACCCCGUCUCGAUUCGAAGAGAUGAUCAUCCGGCCUUAUGUCCACUCCACGGAGCUCAGAGCAGGCACAAGGCACCAUGACAGCAGCACUUCUUCCUCUGAUGGCAUCUCAGUCGCGGCCACAGGGGCAACUUGUUAUCGUCCUAGUUCUACAGCAUCCGAGAAUGUACCAUCGUUGGAUCGAUCCUUUCGUACAGUCUCGACCAGAACAGUCGAUACGGACCAUUCUCUGAAAUCCUCGAGGCAGAGCUCGUCGACAUCCGGCUUUGGCGUUGCAAGACCUCAGACAGGAACGCUCCAGUGUACUUUUGCCUUCUUGGGUUGCCACGAGGAAUUUACCUCUGCUUCAACUUGGAAGACCCACUGUACCUCGCACUUUCACUCUCAUCCCCCACCAACUCGAUCGCAAUGUCCAUUUUGUGCUUCGCAGUGGGAACAUUUCUCAGCCUGGGAAGAUCGGCUAGACCACAUAUCCAACCACCACCGAGGUCAAACGAUCGACGCAGGGUAUAGGGUUGACUAUGGCUUGUUCAGACAUCUGUUCAGAUUGCGAGUGGUGACUCCCUCGCAAUAUCAAGAGUUGGAAAGGAGAGGACGAUGCGAUGGUGUUGGUGGUGUGUAUUUGGAGACGAGUAAUUCGAGAAGAGAGAGGAGAGAAGGUGCACCACGUGGUUGGACGUCCUAUAGGGUCGGUGGCUAG